AGCGAACUCAAGGUUAAUUAGAAAAUGUCUUUCUUAAAACAGCAAUUCUCGUGUGAUCCUUUAGAGAUGAAAAUUGAUAUUCAUAGUCACAUUCUACCUAAGGAAUGGCCUGAUCUAAAAGAGAGAUAUGGUUAUGGCGGAUGGGUUCAACUGGACCACCAUUGCAAGGGGGAGGCAAAAAUGAUGAAGGAGGGAAAGGUUUUCAGAGUUAUCCAAGAAAACUGUUGGAAUCCAGAGGUUCGGAUUAAAGAGAUGAACAAAUCAGGAGUCACUGUACAAGCCCUUUCUACAGUUCCUGUAAUGUUCAACUAUUGGGCCAAACCUGAGGAUACUUCAGAUCUGUGCCAAUUAUUAAAUAAUGACUUAGCUGCUACAGUAAAAAAGUACCCCAAGAGGUUUAUCGGUCUUGGCACAUUACCUAUGCAAGCACCAGACCUGGCUGUGAAGGAAAUGUAUCGCUGUGUGAAUGAGCUUGGUUUUCCUGGGGUACAGAUAGGAUCUCAUAUCAACGAAUGGGACCUGAAUGCACCAGAACUGUUUGCUGUCUAUGCUGCAGCUGAAUUAUUAAACUGUUGUCUGUUUGUGCAUCCCUGGGACAUGCAGACAAAUGGAAGGAUGUCCAAGUACUGGCUUCCCUGGCUUGUGGGCAUGCCAGGAGAAACAACCACAGCCAUUUGCUCCAUGAUUAUGGGAGGAAUUUUUGAAAUGUUUCCUAAAUUGAAAGUUUGCUUUGCCCAUGGAGGUGGUGCUUUCCCAUAUACACUAGGGCGUAUUUCCCAUGGAUUCAGUGUGCGCCCUGAUUUGUGUGCAGUGGAUAAUAAAGUUGAUCCAAAGAAAUACCUUGGUUCAUUUUACACGGAUUCACUUGUCCAUGAUCCUCGGGCCUUAAAGCUGCUAAUCGAUGUAAUAGGAGAGGACAAAGUUCUUUUGGGAACAGAUUACCCUUUUCCACUAGGGGAACUAGAACCUGGAAAACUGAUUGAUUCUAUGGAAGAGUUUGAUAAUGGACUAAAGGAUGUCCCAGUUUUCUUGGAUGGUGAAGGAAACAAAACAAAAGGAUCGCUGCAUGUACAGUCUGGAGGAGAGGACUUUAACAGGGACUUGGUACACGACAGAGCUGGUGGAGGCUUUAGACAAAGGGUACAGGAUUGCUGAGAUUUAUGAAGUCUGGCACUUUAACUGCUCUUCAGAUACCCUGUUUUCAGACUACAUUAAAAUGCACCCGAGACAGAAACAACAGGCCUUGGGGUUCCCUCACUGGUGUACAGACAAGUUGAAAAAAAAAAACCACAGAACAGUACAUUAAAGAGUUCCGUGAAAGAGAAGGCAUGUGUCUGCGUCUAAACAAGAUUAAGGAAACCCUGCAAAAAGCCAUAUCUCAAAGCUGUUUUUAAAUUCCUUGGGGGGAAAAUUUGGUCAGUGAACAAAUUUAACACCAGUAUAGUGAUGGACCCCGAUGGGCUCUUCGAGUACGUUUUUGUACCUUAAAACGAUGUCUCAUCAUGCAAGUUUAUUGACAAUGACAAGGCUGUAAUGUCUUGGAAAUACACAAAAGAAUGCUGCACCCUUCUCAGCAAUACUAACGUAUUUAUCGCAUGCUUUACCACCGCUUAUGCCAGGCUAGAGGACUACCAUCUGUUAGAUAGUUUACAGGAGCGGUGUCUUUAUCACGAUACAGAUUCUGUAAUUUUUGUGAGUAAAGAAGGGGCAUGGAACCCAACCCUACGGGAUUAUUUAGGUGAUCUGACCAGUGAAAUACCUCCAGAUGAACACAUUGUGAAGUUUGUGUCAGCUGGUUCUAAAACAUACGGGUACAAACUGUCUAGCGGUAAGACCUGUAUGAAAGUAAAAGGGAUCAUGCUCAACUCAGGGAAUAGCGAGAAAAUUUAUUUUGAAAGUUUAAAACUCCUCGUCUGGGAUUACCCCAUGGGAGAGGUCUCAAAAGAGAUUGUGGGGGGAAAAAAACAGAAAGUCAUUAACGACAAAAGAGCUCUGGAGGCGGAUUUUAAAACUUUGCCAUACGGAUAUUAUGGUGAAGAGCCAUGUUCAGUUUGUUCACCCCUUUUCCUGUUUGCUUUGUGAUCCUUCGAAUUCUAGAAAAUCAUUUUAUAUAAAGCAAUUGUUAGAAAACAGCAAUAAGCUGUUACUGUGCAUGCCUGAAAAUCCUGUGUGGUGUUGUGGCUGUUGGCAAUCAUUGUAUAAAGAGCUGUUGCAAAAUUUCCACCUAUUACAUUUUUGGAAGGUUUACCUGAUACUUUUAAUGAUUAACAGUUAUUUCCUAGUAAUAAAGUGAAUAUGGUUAUUAUAGAUGAUCUAAUGGAGUGUGCUUCUGAAAGGGGUGAAAUUGAGAAAGCCUUUAACAAAUAUGUUCACCACAGGAACCUAAGUAUUAUGUACAUUGUG